GGCUCCGGGAUCGAUCGCCCCCCCAUCCCGGGACCACCAUGGCCAGCGAGGCCGAGCCCGCCCGGCGCCGCCGCUGCUGCCGCUGCUGCUGCGGGCAGGACCCGCCCGACAUUCCCAAGGCCGCCGCGGAUUCCCGGCGGGGCUCCCUGUGCGACCGGCACUGCUCCACCACCAUCAACAACGACCUGGGCGACCUGGGCUGUCACCUGCACCGGCCCCGCGGCCACCCCCGUGUGCCCCCCUUGACCCCCUCGUGCCCCCCAGCAGCGCCCGAGGAGUGCGAGAGCUGCGCCAGGACCACCCUGACGGCCGAGAACGCCGUGGAGGCCAACAAGCUCUCCAACAACUACAAGUUCGGGUUCAAGAAGUGGAAGAGCCACGUGACGGCACGGCCCUGGGAGGAGCGCUCCGACAUCGUCAAGGAGCUCUACUCCGACCUCACCGCGCUCCGGGGCCCCGCAGGGUCCACGGUGACGUGCGGGAACGUCCUGUACCUGCUGCUCUUCGGGUGGUGGCUCUCGCUGCUGCACGGCCUGGUGGCCGCCGGGAUGUUCCUCACCGUUGUGGGGGCUCCUCAUGGGCGGCUCUGCUGGGACCUGGCCGGGUAUUUCCUGUGGCCCUUCGGCAAAGUGAUCCAGAAGGUGGAGGUGCCCAAAUCCCAGGAGGCUGGAGCGGGGGAGAGCUCGGCCCUGCUGGGGGGUCCCACCCCGGGCCGCUGGCGCCCGCGGUGCUGGGAGGGCACCGGAUACUGGCGCCACGUGGGCACCGCGGCCUGGCUGUGCCUGGGGUACCCUGUGCUGGCCCUGUCCCACGCCCUGGUCUGCGUCACCUCCUGGCUGCUCAUCCUCACCAUCCCCGUGGCCAAGCUGAGCGCCCGCAGCGCCGCCCGCGUCCUGCUGCUGCCCCCCGAGCGCGUCCGCGUCCGCAGGGGCAGGAUGACAGAGGUGCCGCCGGAGGGGGAGGUGAUCCUGUGCUGCUACCGCGCCGCCAACCCCUACUACUACAAGUACUCCGUGCACGGCCUCAACGUCUUCGCCGUCAGUAUCCUGGGGCAGCGCUGGGGUUGGGAUCCCAAAUCCCACCCCACAUCCCACCCCAUCCGCCUCGGCCGGCUCCGGGACCCACCCCCAGACCUGCUGGUGACGGGGUGGGAUGGACUGGGGAUGGUGGGGAAAG